GGGGAUUUGGCUUUGAACGAACGACGAGUAAGUUAGUCAAAGCCGGGCAGCACGACGACACGAGCCAUGCUUCGAACAAGCCGAGCGGCGGACUGAAGCGCUGACGGUUUCUAUUCCCGCGCGGCAACUGUAUCGGCGGCAGUCCCUGUUCUAAUGCGGGCAUCUGGGUUCUGAUGCCGGUCGUCGCCACGGUUGGGUGACGUGCGUUGGGCGACUUGUAGUCGGUUGGUGGGUAUCCCAGCGAUUAGAAUUAAGAAAUCAAGCUGCGGCCUGAGUGACACGGGCAGCGAUCUGAGUGAUGCCCAACGACAAUAUAAUGAUGAAAUAACAGACUGAAAUGGAGUGUUGCAGCUCGGUCUUCUAACACGUUGGACGGACAUCCCCCAGGUCAUUCCGCAACAGUCACAACAAGCACCCUCCCGCGACGGUACAGCUGGCUGCUCCGGCCAAGAGCCGGUCUUCACCACAUAAAGGCUAAUACCUUGGGAAGAGAUCCGGCAAAAUGAAUACGGUUGACCGAUUGGAAGAAGGGUACUCAACUCAAAGACCACCAUUGUUCAAUGGCAAGUACUAUCAAUUCUGGAAGAGUCGGAUGGAAAACUUUAUCAAAGCCGAUAACUAUCAGGUUUGGAAUGUUAUAGAGAGUGGUGAUAAUGCCAUCACAAAGAGAAACGCCGAAGGUAAUGUUGUUCCUAAACCUAAAGCUGAAUAUACUUCUCAAGAUUAUGAGAAACUCGAGCAUAAUGCCCAAGCUCUUAAAUAUUUAAUUUGUGGUCUUGGUCCUUCCAAACACAAUCGAGUUCUAGGAUGCAAGACUGCCAAACAAAUGAGGGACUUGCUCGAGGUUACUCAUGAGGGAACCUCACGUGUGAAAAAAUCUAAGAUUGACAUAUUCAUGCGUAAUUACGAAUUAUUCGUAAUGAAGCCAAAAGAGUCAAUUAAGGAUAUGAUCACACGUUUUACUAACAUUAUCAAUAAGCUUUCAGCCCUUGGAAGAGAUAUUACAGUGGAGGAUCAAGUUAGAAAAAUCCUGAGAAGCUUACCCCCAGUAUGGAAGCCUAAAACCACGGCCAUUGAAGAAGCAAAAGAUCUAUCCACCAUGACUCUUGAAGAUCUGACCGGAUCACUCUUGACAUAUGAACUGGGUCUUCAAGAGGAACAAGAUGCUGAGAGUGCUAGGCGAGAAAGAGGAAUAGCUCUUAAGGCUCGAGAAGAAGAAGAAGAAUCCGAAAGUGAGUCGGAUGAUGAGAUGAGCAUGUUUGCGAAGCAAUUCGGAAGGAUGUACCGAAAGUUCAAGAACAAUCGCGCCAAACAAGGUAAAAGGAAUACUCAAUCCUUUAAUAACCAAGGUUGUUUUGUUUGUGGUUCCUUUGAGCACAGGGCUAAGGACUGCCCACAAAAGAAAAAUGAGAAAACCUACGACAAGAACAAGUCCAGUUCCAACCGGAGGUUCAGUGAAGACAAAAGCUUCAAUAGAGAUCUCAAGAAGGCAAUGAUGGCCGCAUGGGGAAACUCAUCCGAUGAUGAAGAAGAAGAAAAUGAUAAGAACUCCAAUCAUGCGGGUCUAUGUCUUAUGGCACUCUCCGACGAGGAAUCCGACCAAGAAAGCUUUGAGGUCUGGGUUCCACGCACUAAACCUUAAACCUGGAACAGCGCCGAGUGAGGGGGAACAAUCACUGGUUCCUUGACAGUGGUUGUUCUAAGCACAUGACGGGAGACAAAUCUUUAUUCCUCUCACUUCGGCCAUUUAACGGUGGAAAGGUGACAUUCGGAGACAACGGCAAAGGAGAGAUCAUAGCCGUGGGAAAAGUUGGAAAAUCACCUAGCCAUGCUAUUGAUAAUGUAUUUUUAGUCAAGGUCUUGAAAUUUAAUUUACUAAGUAUUUCUCAAUUUUGCGAUCGAGGUAAUAGUGUUGUUUUUUAUCAUAACGUUUGUCGCAUUGUUAGUAACAAG